AUGUCAGCCCCACUAGAAGCCCGCAGACUUGUUGUCAUCGUCACCCGUGUUCCGUCGUGGGUCGGCACAGAGACAGCGGUGCACCUGCUCAAGCGCGGCGUCACCGUCAUCGGCAUCGCCUCGUACCAGCAUCGCAUGGACCGGGUCACCAGCAUGCUGCAGCUGAAGGACCUGCCAGGCAAGUUCGUUCCUUUCGUCGGCAAGCUCACCAGCCAGGAGCUCGUCGACCAGAUCGCUGCCCGCGUCGAGCAGGAGGGCAAGCUGAUAGCAUUCGUCAACAACGUCGGUGCCUUCACCUUUGAGAGCGACGGGCCAAUGUCGGAUGUCGAGCGCUGGGACAUGCUCCAGCUGAGCCUGAUUGCGCCUCUGCGGCUAUUCCAUACGAUCCGCCACACGCUACGCAAGGCGCGUGGCCGGGUGGUCAACGUCAGCUCCGACGACGUCCAUGUUGGCCUGGAGAGAUGGCUUGUGCUGGCGGCCGUCAAGACCGCUGUCAACAUGACCACGGCUGAGAUUGCGCUGAUCGACCCGCAGCUCACAGCGGUUGCUGUCCAUCCAAACAUCCGCGAGACGCUCACGCCGGACCUCAGGACCAAAGCCGACACUAGCGAGACGCCCGCCGAAGUCGAGGAUGUCAUCGACAGCGAGCAGCUGCAGCCCGCCGGCGAGAUGAUUGCCAGCCUAGCCCUGACCGCCGACCGGUCAAUGUCUGGCCAGUUCCUCGUCUACCAGGAGCCGCCAGAGCUGGGGCACUAG